AUGCAACAAUGUGGGUUUUGUUCGAUGCUAUCCGGUCUGUUACGUCGUGCUAUGUGUUUUGAAAGAAGGCGAAAUAGCAGUGAAUCUUACUACAGGGAAUUGGGUGAUCAAGACACAUUGAAUAUCGAAGACAAGUCCUCGGAAGCUUCUGACGAUGUUGACGAAAUAAGUAAGCAGCCGCCGGCACGGCGAGAAUCAAAUGGGAGCGAACUCGAUAAUGUGAAUCAAAGAGCGGCCUGCACCGGGCCGUUUCUCACACUACACAAGCGCCGCAAGCGGCCGCUACUAACCAGAUCCCUGCGACAUGAUGCAGCUCUGCUGGAUGAUCUACAACUGCAUCAAGUGCAGUGUAUCCUCGAUCAAUCUGCGCAGUGGAAGUUUAAUGCAUUUACAUUAGAAAACGUCUCAGGGGGCCGCUGCCUUCCUGUGCUCUGCUUUCACUUAUUCCACGUGUACGGGCUGAUAUCACAUUUCAAACUGGACGCGGUGAAGGUCUGGAAGCUGUUCAGCCUCAUCGAGGAGGGGUAUCAUAGUACGAACCCUUAUCACAACUCAGUACACGCGGCCGACGUCACACAAGCCAUGCACUGUUUCCUGCAGCAAAAACGGAUUCGCGAACACCUGGAGCCGCUGGAGGUGAUGGCUUCUCUUCUGGCCGCCAUCGCACAUGACAUGGAUCAUCCGGGCGUCAACCAACCCUUCCUGAUUGCGACAUCAAACCACCUCGCCACGCUCUACCGAAACACAUCGGUACUGGAGAAUCACCACUGGCGCUCAGCAGUGAGCUGUCUCAUCGAGAGCGGCGUGCUGGACCAGUUGCAGGACGUACGAGCAAAGCUGGAGCAUCAGAUCUCGUCGCUCAUCCUCGCCACUGAUAUUACCCGUCAGCAGGAGUACCUCAGCCAGUUCAAGGGACACCUCGACAACAAUACGCUGGACAUGAGAAGGAGUGAGCAUCGCCAUCUGGUACUCCAGAUCGCGCUCAAGUGCGCAGAUAUCUCCAACCCGUGCAGGCCGUGGGAGAUUAGCAGAAAAUGGAGUCUAAAGGUUUGCGAGGAAUUCUUCAGGCAAGGCGACUACGAGCGAAAAUUGAACCUGCCUGUUACAGCACUCUGUGAUAGGCACACGACCUCGAUUCCCAAGAUACAAACAGGAUUUUUCAAGUUUGUAGUCACGCCUUUGAUAACCGAGUGGCACAGAUUCCUGCAAAAUGAUUUGUCUACACAGAUGUUAGAGAAUCUCCUUUACAAUCAGAACAAAUGGGAGUUGGCGGUAGAUACAGAAAUUGCAGAAGAGAUGCGAACGGAAACAUCCGACGCUGAUUUGGUGGAUGAUGAUCUUGAGACUUGUUCCGGGACAAAUAUAUCUGACAGCUCAGAAUUACUGCUUCCGGGCCGUAGAAGCUCCUUAAACCCAACAAAACCGGGCCUAAGAGAACAGUUGAGGCGCUUCUCAGUACCACUCAAUGUUCUCCAAGAUUCCAAGUUUAAGAGUCGAGACAGAAGCCGCGCGUCGCCCAGCUUCGAUUUUCACAGGGACAAUGGUAGUCCACUUGGUAGUGAAUAUUCUUUACAUUCACAGUUGAGCGCUCGUGGACACUAUGAAUCUGUAAGUGCUGCUGCGGAGAAAGUACUGAGUACUGAGAAACUUCUGCCGAAUUCCUCUAUAGCGUCAAUCACAACGCCCGUUCAAGCUACUAGGCUAAACACCGUAAUUAAAGACGGCGGUAGCUGGAAACUUAUUCGUCAACAAACCUUCCCGCCUCUGGAAACGGUAGCUCGAGCACAUCCACUAGCCUCUCGUCCUCUGCACACGAGCAACGAGGACGCCAUAAACUGGUCUCGAUUCACGAAAUCCGAUUUCUUUCAACGCUUCGAAAUUAAACGAGACAAAUUCAGCUUACUCAAGAAAACUGAAACCGAAAAGACUGGAAACGAUGACGCUUCUUCUGAAAAUAAUAAUGUAGAUGUAGGUGACAGUGCACAAAGAACAGAGAAGGAGAAUUACGAGCUGGUCCGUGUGACUGUCGGCAGCCAACUUAGGGACAAUCUGACGGCAGUCACCCUCGACACGUUCGCCUCGGAUCAAUUGCAGCGGCGCAGAAAAUCUAUGCCAGCUGAUGCUGUGGCAUAUACUCCGAAGGAGAAGAAGAUGCGUGAGGUGACUGCAGCCAUACCUGAGCUGCUCCGCCGUACUCUGUCCGGGAAAGAGUGUCGGACACCUCGUCGUGGCUCCGCCCCCGCCCCAGUGGCGCCAUCCGAACUACGAAGCUUGACAGCUUUAGGAGCCUUACGACACAGUGUGAACGGAGGCAGAAGAAAACCUAGCCCCGUAGUCACAUGUCAGCAAUGGUUCGCCAAGGCCACGUACAACGUCCAAGAAAAGGCCUUUCCGAAUCUUCCCCGCCGGAGCUCGUUACCCGUUGAGGUAUAUCAUCCCGAUGAGAAGAUGAAAACGUCGGAAAGUAAAUAA